AUGACCCCACCCGAGGGUAUGGACUUGGAUACUCUCUAUCAUGGCAACCCUGAACUUAACCUACAAGAUUUCAUACCAUUAGCAGAGAAAGCUGAGGAAGCUGAGGAGAGGAUAAUGAGCGGUAUGAGAAAGCAAAAGCGUGGAGGGCGAAAGGCUGCAGCUCAUGCGGGAUCGGAUGUGGAGAUGGGAGGUGAUGGUAUACCAGGGAUAGGGGGGAGUGAUGGUGAUAUGUCUUCUUGGAUGACGGAUGGUGAUGAUGAAGAUGAAGAGGAAGAGGGCGGCGAUGCUGAUUCAAGUGGUCUAUCAUCAUAUGACUCAUCUGACCUCGAUGACCUACUCAUGAGCAAUAAUGCAAGCCAAUUCCUCAAGAGUAAGGCUAGGCAUAGAAGGAGACGACGGAAGAAGUUGAGGGAGAGGAGAGCUAAAGGUCUCAAGCCUAAGAAACACAAGCGCCCAACAGUUGCUUCCGGUCCAUCGAAGAAGGUGAGUCCAGAGGUGAGGGAGAUGCUUGGUAAGGCUAACAAUGCCUUCCUUAAGCGGGAUUAUGAUGCUGCUAUUGAUGAUCUUAAGGAAGCAAUCCGCCUAGGGCCCGGAGUUCCUGAUCCAUUCCUAACACUAGGUCUAAUAUACGAGGAGAUGGGGGAUGCUAAGAAGGCUCUAGAGGUGCUCUUGGUGGCUGCACAUUUGACUCCAGGAGAUACUCAGCUUUGGAAGAGACUAGCUGAGAGGUCAAGGGAUGAGUUAGGGAACUACACUCAGGCCGCAUACUGCUUCCAUAGAUGUUGGAGAUCAAUGCCGGAAGACGGUACUGAUGAGGCUAAAUCAGUGCUAUGGGACAUGGCUGAUUGCUUUAUGAAGAUAAAGCGCUAUGCGAGGGCAGCACGUUAUCUACAAAUGUUGUUUGAAAUGCAUCCUGGCGACCUCGUCAUCGGGCGUAUGUUGUCCAAGGCCCUGUACCUCCAAGCAGACAAGCCAGCCACUGCUCGUGUAUUGGAGGUAUGCCUAGGUGUGGAUAGUGAUAGUAGCAGCAGCACCAGUGCUGACCAUCCCUCGCCAUCUCCACGGGAUGCUGAUCUUAUGAACAUGCUCUGUGAAGUGUACAUUGACCUGAGGGAGUAUGGCAAGUGUCGAACAAUACUUGGUAAAUUCCUUAUCCCGUCCAACGUAUCAAUAGAGGAUAAACAGGGUUUGGUCGCAGCCCUUAGUGUGCAGCCUAUAGAUCUAGUGGUCAAACUGGGUGUGGCCGAGUCGUAUUAUCAUGCACAGACAGGUACGGCAGAGCGGCGAUCCUCUGGUAACGCGAGGACUACAGAGGAGGCAUUGGCUCUAACCAAACAGGAGCCACCUAUGGGUGCUAGUCCAUUGGCGAAGGCGUGCUGUGGAGUAUUACUCAUGGCAGCUGCACAAGAGAUGGAGGAUAGUGGUGGUAAUGCUCCCACUGGAUUAGAGGAUCUCCAUCUACAAUUGGCUGAUGCUAUGCAUGAUAAUGGUCAUACCAGGGAGGCGUUGGAGCUGUUAGUUGCUCUAGCACAGCCUGGCAAGGUUAUCGACCCCGUACAUGCUAAGACACUGUGCGGAAGAAUAGGAAAUUACUACUACGCCCUCGGUGAUAUUGAGAGUGCCGGUAUAUACCUAGAAAGAGCAGUGGAGACUAAGGCUAUCAAUGCAGCGAGGUUAUCUCAUGAGGAUGGCGAUAUCACAGCAGCUACUUCACCCCAACAGGAUGACCCUACUGUUCUGGUACAGCUAUCCGAUAUAUGGCGUCGGCUGGGCAGGAGUGCUGAUGCUGAUAGGCUACUAUUAGAGACUUUGAGCUAUGAGGAUUUACUGAUGUGCAGGAGUUUGCCUAGGGCUCAUAGUACUAAGGAGAGGAAGACAGCAUACAACACUUUGAUGGCAAUAUUGGAUAGUGAUGAACUGGAAGUGCAUAGGGAUACAUCUCAGAAGCUGCCAGAAGAUCUACACGAUAAAAGGCUGAAAUUUGCUUCAGCGUGGAUAAGUCUCAUGAGAGAUUGUGAGCUAGAUAAUCAGCGUGCUGUGAGGUAUCGAAGAAGUCAAUAUCCACAAUACUUCAACACGGCUACGCAUCCUGUGAGCCCGAAUAAGAAGAGUGCUCGUGAGGGCGGCGGCUCUACACCUAAGGAACUGCUCAGUGAGGCAACACCUCUUAUUAACUUCGGGAGAGACGAUCCCAAAGCAGUGGCGGAGGCUAAAGCUAAAGAUGGGAUGCCUGCACUGCCUCGUAUAAAGAAGGAGAUGCAACUGCUGGGCAUCGAUGACCUGUUCGGUGAUAAGGCCUUGGUUGACUUCAUUAUCAGAGGCUCCAAUGUAUGCCACCUGGUCGGUAGAGAGCAAGAGGCAGUGGAAAUUAUAGAAACUGUACUACACUCCCGUCGAAAGAGAUGGUCCAGCAGUGGUGGUGCUGAGGCAUCAGAUAAGGCAGGUGGUACUGCCUCAACAAUUGAGGCGGGUGGUGGGACGCAGUCAGGAAGGAGUACUGCUGAUAAUGCCAUCCCUGUCGGUGGUGGUGGAGGGUCCGAGCAUAUAUCCAGGCUAGAGAAGGCCAGCUUCAACCUGGCAAUCAAGGCCCGUAUGAGGAAGGUUGUAUUCAAAUACCUCCGACAAAGAGCUGUGAAUAACGCUCAUGAUAAGGACUACUACACACUAUCACGUACACUAAGCUAUCUAUCCAAACUUAUGUUCUACGAUAUCGCAGCAGGAGAUGAGGAAGCAGGCUUCUCAAUGCACUCGGAUGAGGUGAAGGGCAAAACUACAAUGCGGAAGGGGACCAAACCAGAUCAGCUAGAGUUCAUCGACCAACGAGCAUGGUUGAUAAGACAGGCUAUCAAGUACCCUCAAGUGUAUGAGUAUACUCUCAUACUGGGUCAUCUUAGUACACUAGCCCAAACGCAUCGAUAUAGCGUCAGAGAGUACUACCGAGCCAUGAGGCUACGUCCCAAUGAUCCCUACCCAGCUCUACUUCUCACAGCGUCCCUCACUACAAUGUCUAUAUCACGUGUGACGUACGAUAGACAACUUACCAUCACCAAAGCUUUGGCGGUAUUCCAAUUGUAUGAGAAGCUCCGACUUCAACAGGAGGGAGUAUCAGGCGUGUUGGCCAAGGCUGAAAUAGCUUACAAUCAAGGGAGACUUUGGCAUCAACUCUCUGUCUUCCAUCUAGCUGAUAGGCUCUAUAGACAGGCCUUGAGUAUUAUCCAUGAAGCUGAAAGCAAUGGCAAGAUGUAUUACGAAGUCCAUGAAGUAGAGUAUGUACGCUUAGCAGCUGCAUACAACCUAGCUACACUGCAUGUACAGACUGGUAAUCGUACUAUGGCAGCUAGAGUACUCGUACAUAAUAUAAGGCCUGCUCUACAAUAAUGGUUGCCAUUAUCGUCUAUGCCUCCUUCGUCCUCUUCCCUAUUAUCGAUAUCGACAUUACCAUUAUC